GUGUAUAGAGAUGGCAACGUCAAGUGGCGGCGGAAGCAACCGAGAAGGAACGGCGAAAGCGAUGGUUAGUGACCAGAUUUCUCAAGCCAUACUGUCCAUCUCCAAUCUUCUCCACCUUAUGCAAGACUCUUCGCCAUCUCAGGUCCAACUAAUGAAGCUCCCAAAAAACCUUUUGGCAAAAACUUCCAUGAUUAAGAAUACAGGGCAAGUGUUAGAGCAGAUGCCUCAGGUGAUUUCUUCCCUGGAUGCACAUAUGGAAUAUGGAUUACAAAGUGUUCCUCAUCUGAAACCUGUAGCCCAGCUACUUGCAAAUAUGGAGAGCUGCCAACUUAAUUCUCUCUCGCAAGCUCAUCUAGCUCAAAAGGAACCUGAGUUGGAAAAUCAUCAUAAAGACGUGGAGUAACCGGCCAAACCUUGGAUCCAUUCUGCAGAGUUCUUUGUUAGCACGGUUGAUUCAGAACCAACCGUUGGACACUGUGGAGGUAACAAAAGAAUGGUCCAUCAUUUGGUCAAAUUGUUUGUUAUUUGUCAUAAUAUGCCUCCGUCCCAUUCACUGAAUGUAGCGGAGAACAUAAAUAUUUUCAUUUUUUUCUCCUUGCCCUUCAUACACGUUUUACCUUGGGAAAAAAAAAAAAGAAAAAAAAGAGAAAAGUUGCAUGAUUUAUUGACUUAAAAAUGGAUACCAAGUAUCACUUUCCUUCGUUGUGCAUUGUUUCUUGUCAAGCACGCUGUAAUUGGCGACUUCUAUUAUUUAAAGUGGAAAAGCUCCAUUUUUUCUUGUUUUCA